UUGAUUUGACAUUAGUCUGUGGUGUCGUGCAAUGGCCGUUUGGAAAGACCGUUCCGUGGCGUAUCGCGGUCGUUUCUUUUAAGUUGUUCAAAAAGAACGUUUUCAAUAAAGCUGAAUUGGAGUACUAGUGUUAGUUACAGUGUUUUAAUAUUGGUGUUAUUGACUGUGGUAUAGAAAUUGGUGUAGACGUUUUCAAGAUCAUCGUUCACUAUUGUAAUUCGGUGUGAAAUUUUGUUAUUGAUUAUGUAAGUUGCGGCUUCAUGCUGUGCAUUACACCUGGCGAAAUAAUUGCUCGCAGUCUUCCAUUUCUGCGGUUUUGAAAGCUAACGACAUCAGCCGAUAUGCGACUGAUCCACGGCUCUAAUCGGCACCGCAGACAAGUCAACAUUGAUGCCAAAUUAAUCGCUCCACCACUUUAUUUAUCUACGUAGAUAGUAGUUUAGUUUUUUUUAAAGUUCAUUUACACGUGCGUUGUGAUAACACACAUGUGAAGUGAAGUGCAAGUGCUUGUGAUAACCGCCGCGUACCGGUUCGAUCUAGUUAGUGUCGUAUCAGUCCGGUUUAAUCCGGUUACGCCCGGUGAGGCCGGCGUCCGGGCCCGAUGUUGGCGGAGUCAUGGCGUUCAUGACGAAGAAGAAGCGAUAUAAGUUCGAAGUGCAGUGCUGCCUCGAGGAGCUCACCGAGGUGCCCUUCGUGUCCGCUGUCCUCUUCGCGAAGGUGCGGCUGCUCGACGGCGGCAACUUUCAGGAUCAUUCUAGCAGGGAGGAGGUUCGCAAACACGCGGUGCAGUGGAACGCGAACUUUUCGUUCGUGUGCAAGAUGUGCGCGAACGCGAACACAGGCGUGCUCGAACCGGCGCUUCUACGCGUCUCCGUUCGGAAAGAGUGCAAAGGUGGCCGGUCUUACCAGAAGCUAGGGUUCUGCGAUGUAAACCUGGCGGAGCUGGCGGGCGCCGGUGAGACCACGCGGCGCUGCCUGCUCGAAGGCUACGACCCGCGCCGCCGGCAGGACAACUCGGUGCUGCGGAUACGCAUCAAAAUGAAUAUGAUCUCCGGGGACCCACUCUUCAAAGUUCCCGAGAGAAAGCAGGAGGUCACGGAGAAGACGGGCGGCGACAGCGGCUCGGAGAGCGCGGCGGCGGCCGACGACGACUGCGCCUCCUCCACCGCCAGCUCGGGCUUCGGCUCGCUCACCAAGAAGAAGAACUUCGAGGGCGCGCCGGCCGCGCUGGCGACGGCGCCGCCGGCCGAGCCGCCCGCGCCCGACGCCGACGACGCGCCGCCCGCGCCGCCCGACCACAGCGGGCUGGCCGUGUCGGCGCAGAGUGCGGGCUGCGCGGCGUGUCAGCAGCAGCACACGCACUCCAGGAACUCCUCCAACACCUCCGGCGACAUGAGCAGCAAGGCGUCCGGCUACGGCAGCUCCGUGUCGGCGGCGUCGGCGCACUCGCGACAGAGCUCGGAGGGCGACUCCGUCGGAGACUCCAGACCCCACCAUAACAGCGUGCGCUUAGAGCGGACCACCACCACCACCACCACACUGUACGUGCCCGCUACGGGCUGCAAGCACGCGGGCCGGACGCUCGCCAAGCUGCUGCUCGAGAGAACCGUCCUGAACGAGACCUCCGAUCUCUACCUGUCGCCCGACACCACGCUCACGACCCCCGACGCGUACCUCACGCCCAACGCCACCCUCACGGGCCCCCCCGACGUCAUCCCUCGCCACGCCCUCCGCUCCCCCUCCAGCGAGGAGUACAAGACCCCCGACAGCACUAUCGCCGACGAGCACUCGUUCGCGAUGCCGACCUACUUCGACCGCAAGAAAAAGGCGGCCUCGAUAAUAGUGUCGGCGGUGCAGCCGCUCGCGAACUUCCAGAUAUUCAAACAGAAGUCGCUGAACACGAUACCCGCCCUGAUCGAGAGGAGCAAGAAAAACGAGGAGCUAUUCACGAACUUCCCCUUCCUGACGCCGCUCGCGCACAGGAAGAACUCGCUCGUGUCCAACUCGAACAGGCUGUCGGGGUGCGUCGAGGACGAGUUCUACUGCAUCCCGUCCGAGGCGGAGGCGGACAGCUCGCUGGAGCACAUCGACGUGCGGCACCGCUUCCGCAGCCUGUCCAACCGCGCGCUGGCCGACACGUCCACGCCCAAGGAGCUCGCGGGCCGCCGCAGCUUCCACGAGCGCGCCAGGAACCCGUCGUCGGGCUCGCUGACGGCGUCCGCGUCCGAGAGCGGCUCGCUGGAGCGCGCCAGACUCGCGCUGGCAGCCCGCGCGCCGCCCGCCGACGACCAGGUAGCGACCGCCCCGCCGCCUGCGCCACCAGCGCCACCGCCUCCCACACUGACGACUGUCCUUCGUCCGCAGCACGUGGUGUCCUGUCGCGUGGAGAACACGCGCGUGAACCCGGACUCGCUCAUCGACGAGCUGCUGGCCGCCACCGACCUGAAGCACGCCGUCGACGACGCCGCCGAGACGUCGGGGCUGCAGCUGUACAUCACGCGCGACGGCACGGCGGAGCUGGGCUCGCGGCGGCGCCAGCAGCUGGCGCGGCGCGACUACCAGCGCGUGGUGCUGCACCCGCACGACAACAGGUAGCCGCCGGCCAUCGCCGAGGGCGGCGAGCCCGCGCGGGAGCCCUGACGCCGGCGGCGGAGCGCCGCGGGCGGCUAGGGCUCGCGGCGACAGUAUUACACGAGAUUCGACGGACUCGGUGCACGACGCGAUGCGUAUUUAUUGUUUUGGAUAUUGUGUAAUAGAUUAUGCCAUAAUGUAUUUGAUCUGCGACGUGUGACUCGUCGGAGGAGCCUCCGGACGGUUGUGUUCGUGCGAUCGGAGCGGUUUCGUAUGAUUUAUAUAUUGUUUUUUUAUUUUAUUUUAUAUCGUAAGUAGGAUUCUUUUGUAAUACAUGACGACCGACACGACGACCGAAUGUUCCUAUGUGCCCCCCCCCCCCCGUGACGACGUGCUCCCGGUGCCGUAGUGUAUCGCUCCAUAUUCUCGUCUUUCGUUUCGCCGACCGCUAGUCUGACGUGUGCGUCUCGUGUCCCUUGUACCCUAUUUAAUAUUUAAAUGAAUCCGCACAUGUUUUAUCUAUUUAUUUAUUUAAUCGCGAUGAAGUGCUCACGUAACUGGUGCUAGGCGAAGUAUACCUGACGGCGAAAUCGUAUUCUUUGCGUUUUUGUAAUUUUGAAUGUUUACUAAUAAUUUUAUUGAUAUAUUAUUGUUAUUACCGAGAUCGGCCCCUCCAUGUUGAAACUGUAUACUUCCGAAUCCCUCCAGUUUUCCGUUUUAUAAAGUAAUUGUUGUAAAUAUCCAAUGAAGUGCCAAACGGCUUGUCCACACGGGCGGAGAAACGUUAGCGAGGUCGGCAUUCGACCGUGCGGAGAGGUUUAUCUAAGUCAUUCCUUUAUGUAAAGCUUAAGCGUGGCUUGCCGUUAAUCGUAGCUGGGCCGGCGUUACCUUCGAGGAACUAAUGCUUUUUAUUUGGUUCGUCGAACGUGACGCCGACGUAUUGUAAUUAAUAAAUUGCGCAUAAAGUUUGACGGCGCACGCGCCUUGUUAUUGUAUCAUAUUGUCUUGUAAUACAGCCUGUACAGUAUUUGAAUAAAGGAAGUGUUUAGAACUA